CUCUCUUACUUCUCUUUCCGUCUCACAAUUCACAAUUCUCUGACACAAAGAAUCAAUGAGGAAGUAAAGACUCAGAAGUUGUAUGUCUUUGAUGGCAGUUUUGUAUUUUGGAGGGAAACAUUUUCAGGCUGUUCAGCAGAAUAAGACUUCUGGGAUACACACAGAACUGUCUUUAUUAUUACAGCAGAGUUGAGAUGAAACACUGAAGAACAGAUGAAAUGUUCUGUGUCCAAGAAGAACCAUCUACAUGAGCAGAGAGUGAGACAAAGGAUUCCUUUAUGGCAGGAUCAAACACCAACAUCACAUCAGAUAUCAGCAUGGAUGUCUGCAGGGACUGGGUUCAUUGUGUUCAGUUUGGGUUCUACAUUCCAAUCCUCGCUGCCGGUUUUCCUUUAAACAUGGCUGCCCUGUGGCAGCUUUUCUUCCGCCUUCGUCACUGGAGUGAAUCCACCAUUUACCUGCUGAACCUCGUCAUUAACGACUGUCUGCUCCUUCUUGCGCUCCCUUUUAAAAUCAUGGCUUACCACGAGCCGUGGAAACUUGGAAGAUUUUCCUGUUCACUGUUUGAGAGUUUUGUCUACGUCAACAUGUACGGCAGCAUCCUGCUGAGUGUGUGUAUCUCUGUAGAUCGUUAUGUCGCGCUACACUUUCCCUUCCGGCGCCUGCGAUCUAAAAGGAAGGCUGUGUUCAUCUGCGCGAUGGUGUGGAUGUUAGUGUUUGGAUUUAGCUACCCAGUUUAUGAUCUUCAUGGGGGCAGCAGUAAUGAGUCCUUCUGUUUUCAGAACUUUUCCAAACAAACAUGGGAUAAAGUGUGGAUUAUAGUGUGUGUGGAGUGUGUGUUUUGGGGCAGCACCAUUGUCAUGGUCCUGUGCUCGGUGAAUGUUGUUAAAACCCUGCAUGAUUUACGCAAACGGAACCCUAAUGAUGCUAAACUACGAAACAACAAGAGUGUAAAGAUUGUGCUCAGCAACCUGGUGGUGUUCCUUUUGUGUUUCAUUCCCUAUCACAUUUCUGUGCUUCUUUAUUUCUACAUUAAACAGAAGAGCAGCAGUACAGAAACCAAACAAAUAUUUAUCAGUGGACUGCGUAAAUUUGUCCACGUCAGUCUGUGUGUGAGCAGCUUGAACUGCCUCGCAGAUGCAGUCUGUUAUUAUUUCAUACUGAAAGAAAACCUACAGACCGCAGAGCAAGAAACCAGAAUUAACACAGUCACAAAGGAAACACAUUGACACACUAAGACUGCAGAGACGUGCAGGAGAAACAAAUAGAUAUUAAUCUGCAAAAAUGUUGUUACAUAUGACCACAUGGUUUAAUUUUACCGGUACAAUUUACUCCAGGGGGAUUCAGUGUGGUAGUUGGUGUGAUUUUUAAAAGUGGGUCUGGCCACAUACACUAACUGGCAUUAAUAAAUGAGAAACCUGUAAAUCUAUUACUCUUUUUCACACAAACAAACAGGUGGUUUAUCUAAUAAUGUGUUUUAGAUUCAGAAUCUAAAAUUAAGACACAACAAUAACUGAAAAUGUACAUUGUUGUAUAAGAACCUAGAAAAAGUAAGAGGUAUUAAGGUUUACCAAGAGAAGAGCUGCGGAGUCAAAUAAACUUUCUAAAACAAA